AGCCCUUGGGCAAGACAGUCUGAGUAACACCUAAAAGGGACAAGAAGUGGCAGUGGAUCAGAGAAGGGACAAUGGCAGGAGCCUGGAGGGCACUCGUGCUGGUGGUAAGCUUGGCAGCAAUUGCCUGUGUGGCCCAACGCCGUCCGAGCUAUGAAGAGAUUGUCACAGAAGCCUUGCAGAUCUUCAAUCAGGGGCGACGAGGACAGCCCCUCUUCGGUUUGCUGGAAGCCAUUCCAGCGCCUAGUUCGAACUCCACCACCAUGACGUUCCACUUCAGGAUUAAAGAGACGGUGUGCCUUUCAGAGCGUCUGAGACAACCCCAAGAAUGUGCCUUCAGAGAGGACGGGGAGGAGCGGAAGUGCGCCGGCGCCUUCUUCAUGCUGCAGUAUCACCGUCUCCUGUUGGUCGAUUGCCACCAGCGCCAGCCAGAGGUCUCCCGAGAGAAGCGUUCUGCUGCGUCCUCUGAGGCAGCCACUCCAGAGGUUGACACCUCGAAGCUGCCACCUGUGGUCAGGGACAUGUAUGAGAAAGCCAAAUACGACAUCAUCUCCAACAUCCUGCGGAAUUUCUAGGGCUGGAGAAGGGAAGGGAGGCCCCAUAUCCCCACCACGACCUCCUCUUCCCACCUGCUCACCCCCUCUGCUGCCCCCAACACCCCCUUCCUACACAGUCUGAACCCAUCCACAUGCCUCAGCCUUUGCACACCUGCUUCCCUCUGCCUGGAAUUCCUGCCCAUUCUGUGUCUGUAAAUCCUACUCAUCCUUCAAAGCACAGCUCCAAAGUCACCUCCUCCAAGAAACCUCCCUUCUUGCUCUCUCCUGGGCAGAAAUGUCCUUCCCAUCAGUGAGGGUGGUGGGAAUGACGACCUCAUCUGGGUAUUGAUGAUCCUCAAACCAUACUGGCACUUGCUGCUGUGCCUCUGGCCAGACAGCACUGUGUCUGCUCACAGCUAGGCCUUCCCGAGCCAACUGCAGGUGGCUGUGGAAUGACUUGCUCAUCGAGGUGCUCCUAGGCUCUUGGGAGGGCAGUGCCCUUUGUGCAGGACCCUGAGCACCCCUGCUCCCUGCCCAGUCACUGUGACAACUAAAUGUCCCUUCCAGGCACCUCCAAGGGGGUCAGUCUGCUCUCUGGUGAGAACCAUAGGACAGAGUCUCAAUAAAAUCUUUCUGAAAUAAAUGA